AUGAACACUAAGCGGCGACGGGACGACGAUUCAGAUUCCGACGACGACCGGUACCUCAAAAAAUCAAGACCAUGGAACGUACAACCGAGCCUACCAUGGGCUGAGAAGCGCCCACACAACACAAACGGUUUCUCUGGAUAUGUCUCAAAAGCCUCACCGCCACACAUAGUGCCCGGGCUUGAGGCAGUGACGCCCGCCGAGUCCGAGCACAGCGAAGCCAACUCGCCCGCCUCACUACCAGAAGACCCUCAGAUCAUAUUAUCACCGCACGGCGACAUAGACUACUCCAUGCAAAUGGACGAAGACGAGCCCGACGCCGUGGCCAGCCAGCCGCCAGAUUCGCCAUUCAUCACCAACUUCCGGCCCGCAAAGCUGAACUUCGAUCUCUUCAACCGCGACCAGGUGAAGCACGCGCCUGACAUAUCGCAUCGUAUCCCAACGCCCAUAUACCCGUCCUUUCAGAACGCAGGUGUCAUAAAUGGACUAGGAUAUCCAAAUAGUGGUCUCGCGGGCGGAAUGGCAACGAGCAACGGCUACCUCGGCAUCCCCUCUGCUCCCGCCAGUGAAUCAAACGUGGGGAUACCGCACCGGAGACAGCGCAGCCAGGAUAGGACGAUACGCAUGCCGUCACCCAUUUCGGAAGACGAAGAUAUCCCAGACACGCCUACGGCUCAGACGCAGUCGCAGCUCUCACGUCUUAGUGUGACGACGAACUACAGCUCUGACCGCAUGGACAUGGAAAUGCCGCCUCCGUCGGCCACGCCCACACGCGGAAGGAAGCGGAGUGGCGCUCUCACCGGCAUGGGCCGCUUCAGCAUGGGUUAUCGAGACGACUGCGAGAAGUGUCGGUUGCGGGUCCCAGGGCACUAUUCGCACUUUCUCUAA